UUUUGGUCGACUGUACAUGGUGGCCAGUUAGUGGACGUUGGUCAGUUAUAGGCAAUUUACCCUAACCAAAAUUCUCACUUUAUUGUGAUAAUGACUGAUUCCUUCACCCUUGGUAGUAAAUAGUUCGUAGACAGUCCGUAACAAAAACAAGCGAACACACAAAUCGAAGUAACAUCGAGUUCCAGUUUCAAGAUAAGAUAACUAAGAAACUACGUACACGUUCGGCUUUCCGAUAACACCGUCCUGUCAAUACGUCAACAUGCUCUCUGCAAUAUAUUAAUUAAAUUCCUUAUAUAUAAUAGUGUCUGUGAAAUCAUUAUGACGUCGAGGAGUAUUAUGAAGAUGCAAGAGGAAUAGCUAGAUGGAAAUAGAAGCGAGACCUCAGGACUCCGCUUGGCGCUGGUCACUCCUGUUUUCAGUUGUGCUGUUAAACGUGUGCGUGCCGAAUCUGGUGUUGUCGUACGGCGUGGUGCUUCUGCACGCGGUGCAGCUGGGCGUGCCCACGUGGCUCGGGCUGUCCACCCCAGUCACACAUAUCCUCACGUACGGCUUUACACAAUGCUGGUGCCGCGAAGCAGCAGACUCGUGGGGCGGGCCGCGGGGCUACCGCGCCAUGGCGGCGGCGGGCCUGCUGCUGAACGUGGCCGGCCUGGUGGCGUGCGGCUUCGUGCCCAUGUAUGUCGUGCCCUUUGUUUAUGGCAUUGCAGGAGGUCUCGGAUCAUCACUCAUAUCAGCACAAAUUGAUGCUAUUGUCUUUGACACCUACGACUCACAUCUUGGAAUCGUUCGAGGCUUAUGUCUAGCAGGGCAGGCGGUUGGACAGUCGCUCUUUCCUCACAUAAUAACCGCCUUGAUAAAUCAUUAUGGAUACUCAUACGCACAUAUAGUACUCGGUGGAAUAAUGCUCCAAACUCUACCGGCUAUUAUGCUACUCAAAGUAAAUCCUAUUGUAACGAGGCCUGUCUCUUUCUCUAGGUACAGUGAUCUCUCCAAAACGUAUGCAACCUACAGCAAUGAAGUCGAAAAUGAAUGUUACUCAAACGAAAUGCAAUUGCACGACUUGAGCAGGAAGUGCUGGAAAAGUCCGUCAGAUGACAACCUGCACCGGGGAGAGGUGUUGAGGAUAGAUGCUGGCGAGUCGUACACCACGACCACCAUUACGCCGCCUAAUAGUCCAGAGGACACAAGACGGAAUCCCUUCGGGAUCAACAUUCUACCCGACAUUCUGGAAGAAACCGAAGAGAGCGAAGAAGACGAAGAUGAUCACAGUGAUGUUAAAGAAAUGGAUAUAAAUAGGAAUAAGAAGAGAUAUAGUGCAGCCAUUAAGAGACUGAGUACAAUAAGCGACAAUUUAGACGAUUACAUAACGAAACACGGCAGAAGAGAUUCUGGAAGUGAUUGUGAAGGCGACAAAAGCAGAGAAUAUUCGGAAUUAGAAGUGACGUACGACAAUAUUUCACCUAUUACGGAUAUACAACGGGAAAAAAUUAUGAAAUCGUUCAGUUUUCGUUGUGAAUCUGCAUACGCUAGAAUACGAAGGAAGUUUUGGAUGCCUUCGUACAGAAUAUACAGAAUACGCAGGAAACUGCAAUUCACAAUGUAUAGUAUCAAUGACACUUUCAUAAAACCUUUGACGAGGUCACUAUCCUCGUGGCGGUUUUAUCCUGCUCUACUUCUAAGCUUUUCCCAUUUAAGUUUGUUAGCGAUAUCACUGGUGCUCCUGCCAAUGGUCGCGUCUCAUGUUCAUCCGAAGAUCUCUAUGACUGAGUCAAAUUUUUUAAUGUCUCUCCAUGGAUUUACUUGGCUUUGUUUUUUACUGAGUACGCCAUGGCUCACCGAAACGCCGAAAAGGAAUUUUAAAUACGUUGCAGUGCUCGGCCUUACUAUAUCUACUCUUGCAUGUUUUGUGUUGGCGGCUUCAGAUAGCCACGACGCGUUUUCGAUCGGCUGCGUGGUGGCCGGACUGGGUUUUGGCGCCAUAAGCUCGUGUUGGGAGGGCGCAGUGCAAGACUUCGUUGGGGCCCGAAAAUGGCCAAAAUUACGAAGCACUUUGGAAACACUAUCUGCCUUGCUAUUAGUUACAUUCUUUGUGUUAGUAUGUCUGUUCACGGACAUGGAAACUAACUUACAACAAUACUUAUUCAUUUUAGGGAUCAUUAUUUCUGUAGUGACAUUAGUAUGGAUAGUUAUAGCAGCUGUGUCAAUUUAUAAUAACACAAUUAAAAUGUGCUUAUUCAACAGGUUUAGUUAAUAGUAUAAUCAGUAUACUUAUUGUAUAAGAAGAUCUUCUCUGCAAUAAAUGGUACUAGGUACAUGUGUGAGUACGUACUUCUUAUACAAAUACUGAGCUAUUGAGUGUGAUAUUUUUGGCAAUAAAUGUAUAGUCAUUCUAAUAUUAAAUUAUUUUCAUUGCAAGAUUU